CUUGAUCUCCAGUUCUCUCAUUUUUCUUAUUGCACUAGUCGUAGGUAUACUGAAACAAUGUUGGAUGAUAACUCGUUUGUUGAGGAAGCGGCCUACAGUGAUUAUGAGAAUGAAUGCAAUAACCCUUUCGAUACUAGUGCAGUACACACAGAAGGAGUGGAUGGUUUGGAUGAAGAGCGCAAUGCUUAA